AUGCUUAGUUGGAUUUCUAAGAGAGCCAUGUCUGAAUUGAGGAAGAACGAACUAUUGUCGAGCUACGAGGCGGUCAAGGCUACCGUCGAUUCUUACGUUAAGGGAUGCGGUAGGAACGACGUUUCUCUGCUACCAGUGUCGAAGCUGAAGCCAGCAAGCGAUAUUCAGCUCCUUUAUGAUCACGGGUUGAGGAGCUUUGGCGAGAACUACGUGCAGGAGCUAAUCAGCAAGGCCGAAAUUCUGCCUAAGGACAUCAGGUGGCACUUCAUCGGCGGACUUCAAACUAACAAAUGUAAAGACCUUGCCAAGGUGGAAAACUUGUAUGCGGUUGAGACCAUCGACUCUCUCAAAAAGGCUAAGAAGCUGAACGAGGCGCGCGCCAAGCUGCACCCUCAGGCGAACAAGAUACUGUGUAACGUCCAAAUCAACACAUCAGAAGAGGCUCAGAAAUCUGGGCUUUCUGACGAGAAAGAAAUAUUUGAAGUUGUGCAGUUUAUGCUCUCUGACGAGGCCACCAACAUUGAACUAGGCGGGUUGAUGACCAUCGGUUCCUGGGACGUGUCACACUCAGAAACCGAAGAAAACCACGAUUUCGCAGUGUUAUGUCAAUGGAAAAAGAAGAUAGAUGACAAGUUCUCGACUGACCUCAAGCUUUCUAUGGGCAUGAGUUCCGAUUUCAAACAAGCAAUCAACCAAGGAACAUCCCAAGUUAGAAUAGGAACCGACAUUUUUGGCACGCGGCCUUCCAGAGCCGAAGCGUCAAUUUGA